UGUAUUAUGUACAUGUUCUGUUUCCACAAUUUCUGUCUCGGACUUAAUCAACAAGACCAGCAGACUGAUUUGAUUUCUCUCACGGACGCCACCGGUGUGCCGAACGCGAUGCCGCACAUCUUUGGAGCAGGUGCCACACCCGAGCAGGAAGACCAGACUGAUUGGAGGCCAUGUGCUGACGCCGCCGCGAAAAUACCAAACCCGAUGUACGUCUCCAAAACAGCAGAAACAAGCGCUUACAACAUGACCAAGUGGUCCCGGUGGUGCAAGAAUCUAUGGCUGACCGCUGGUGGUCUGGUCUUUGCGGUCGUUGCCAUUGUACUUCCCUUCGUGGCAGUUAACGUGGGAAUCCUUUCUGAAGGGAUGAACAAGCUUUCAGUACGACUAACCGAGCUGGAACGAACACAUUCCAUGGGACCCAUUAGCGCUGGCCAUACGUCUGUCGGGCCUCCUGGACCUCCAGGACCGGCUGGCCCUGUGUCUGCCGGGCCUCCUGGGCCGCCUGGGCCUGUUGGGCCGCCUGGUCCUGUCGUACCGCCCAAGAGCAACGAAGUAUCAUGUCCCAUAGGUUUUUGGGAAGGGAACGGAAUCUGCUACAAGCUGUUCCGCUCCCCUUUGGCCUUUGGCGAAGCGGCCGCGACCUGUCGUCUCCGCGGCGGUACCCUCGCCAUGCCCCGAGACGCCAUGGCCAACGUCCUGAUCGGAGCGGGCCAUCGUCACCACUUCUGGAUCGGGCUGCAGGACCAGCGCCUGGAGGGGUAUUUCGAGUGGAUAGACGACACUCCUCUCGGGAGCUACACCUUCUGGGGUCCUGGACAGCCGGAUAACUCUCACGAUGAAGAUUGUGUCGAAUUUAUUUACUUCGCUAACGAAGGACAGAACUACUGGAACGAUGCCAAAUGUGACCGCAGCCGACCAUUUAUGUGCCAAGUCAUCCCAGGACAAACCUAGCCGACUUGCAAAACUCUGGCCGCCACUGAUGAACGACGCCCGGACAAAAUGGCAAACAAACAAACAAGCAA